AUGCCCAUCACAUUCAAAGUUGCCAGGCACAGCGCCAAUCCGGUACGGCCUGGCGCCGAUUUGACUGGGGUUGAUUCUUUCAUAGCCAAAGUUUGCCCAAACGAAUGGCCGAAUUGCGGGAAUAUCUUGCAGUCCAGUCUGUCAAGCGAAAGCCUUAAUAACAUUAUCCCUAAAGGGAACGGCUUCGUUUUAACGGCGUUUGAGGCAUACGGCCAGCACCACCAUCUUUUUCUAGUGCGUAAACCAUCAUUGUGUUUUGCUGUGACCUUAUCCGCAUUUCCCUUCCAGUGUCAAUGCUCAGCCGAAGAGCUUCGCCGGUACUUCGUGGCUCAGGAAGGCAAGAAGGAACUCCACGUCGACCUGGCGGGGGUCGGAUGUGAUUUUGGGGCUAUGGCCGUAAAGUUCUCAGAGCUACUCGACGAAAAUCUGACGGUUCCGAUAUUCUUUCAGGUCGUGGACAAGACGCUUGUAGAAUGGACACUCCCCGACUUCACGACUUCCACGCCACACGACAGGAUCAUAUGCUCCGUGUUGCUCAUCACGUCCAGCGCCAACGCGCCGCCCCUCUCUAGGUACUUCGACUACAGGGGGAGCGCAACCUGCGGACUGCCCUCGGUCACUCUGCUGGGCGAGCGCCAGACUGGACAGCUCCUCCGGCCCGUCCUCCGCCGGUUCGUCGCCGCGUUCGACGGCGCGGUCGACCUCGCGUUCUGGAGCUCCAUCGUCCUGCACGACGCCUACCUGUGCGGCCGCGUCGACAGGAUGGGCGGGUGGAUCACCGCAUUCUGCGUCUGGAACGCGGAGGGCAAGUGGCUGCCGCGGGCGACCGCGGCGGCGGCGGCCCAGACGGGGGAAGGCGUGUACGUCCUCGACGGAGCGGCGUAUCCCAACAUGAAGUUCGGAGACAUCCCCGUCGGUUGCUCGACGGUCGACGUCCACGUCGAGGGUCGGCUCCCGUGCAAGAUGCUCGCCGGCCACCUCGCGUCCGCGGUCUCUAACACGAAAGGGCCUCGCCAGGGAGUCGACGGGAACACGCUGAGCCCGGCGCCGCAGUGGAUCUUGUACGAGGUGGAGCGGCACCUGGAGAACAAGAGGCGGGGGACAGAGGAGUGGCAGACGCUAUGGGACAUGUUGGUGACACUGGGGUAG